CCGGCCCCCGGCUGGGCUCUGGCCAUGCAUGAACUGGCCCCCUGUUUAAAAAGUUUGGGGACCCCUGUUUUAAAACAUGCAAACAACUAAAGAGAAAAAACACAAAAAUUACUUUUAGCAAUACUUUUAGCAGGGUGAAAGGGAAGGCUUCCCAUUUCAUACAAACAAAUUAAAAGAUUAUUACUUGCUCCCUACUUACAAUUAUAAAAUUAUCUCUUAAUAUUACUAAUAAGCGUCAUAUUUUUCUAUUAUCUCUGUUUUCUUAUUUUUCUAUUUCUCAACUUCACAGAUCAUAAAUUCAUUUUUAAAUGUUUGACACAAAAAGGCUAUCAGGGUUUCCAGUUGUCUAAGAAUUUAAAUAAGUUUGUUUCUCUAAUCACAGAAGCAAGUGUAGUCAUUUCUGCCAACUUCAAUAGCUUCACAAGCCAUCCUUCUGUUCUAGACUUUAUUUUAGAAUGGGGAACAGUACAUCUACUACAGCAGAUUUGUCUAAUGUUGCUGUUGCUAAUCAAAUACAGGAAACUAUCUCAGACAAUUGUGUAGUCAUCUUCUCCAAAACAACCUGUUCCUAUUGCAACAUGGCGAAAAAGUUAUUUCGGGAUAUGAAUGUAAACUACAGAUCCUUUGAGCUAGACACAUAUGAAAAUGGAAAUCAAUUUCAAGAUGUUCUUCAUCAAAUGACUGGUGGCAGGACAGUUCCCCGAAUAUUUAUCAAUGGAACAUUUGUUGGAGGAGCUACAGAUACUCAGAGACUUCACCGGGAUGGCAGACUUCUUCCUUUAGUGCACCAGUGUCAAAUGCAAAGAUCAAGAAGCUUAGAACAGCCAUGUAGCUUGCCUUAGCCUUAUUCUUGAUUGCUUUUAUUGACACUUUUUUUCAUCGCAAAGGAUACAUGCAUAAGGAGAUAAGUAUUUUCACAACUUGAGGAAACCAGGUAAUUUAUCAAGUGGUUUAGAACAUCUUCCAUCCGGUCUUCAAGUUGUUGUGUAAUUACAGGCUUCAUUUUGAUAUUUCAGCCUAGUUGUUUACAUGGUGUAGCAGUUUUAUGUAGCAUGGAAUUGCCUUGUCAGAGGCAAUAAUUCUAGAAAUAAUUUUAGAAAAAGCAGAAUCUGAAGCUGAUGUGUAUAUGAGCCCUUAAUAGAUUAUAAUUGUGGCCAGCUUUGUUUUUAAUAUUGUUUGUUGGGGGUAAACUUACUCCUACUAUGUUCAAACAAGCUGUUUACAUGAACUACCAAAGUCUCAUGUCAAUGGGACGCCACUUGCAACAGAAAGGAGAAAUACUUAAUGUCUGAUUAAACCUGAUUUUUUUCCUUCAUCUGAAGGCUACACACUUUAGAAGUAUACAUUUCCCUGUUGAAAACUGUUCCACUGAACGUAUGAACCCCUUUAUUCCAGACCAUAUUAGCAAAUCUAUCUUUCAUGCAAAAAAAGGAGGAAAAGAGAUUAAAGGAGAAGCAAAUAAGUAUUUUUAACAUAUCCAAUUUACAAAGCUUCUUUCUUUGUUUAUUUUGUGCUGCACUAAACUGUGCACAGUUUUUUCAAAUAUCAGGGUUUUUCAGUGCCAUCUCCAUACUCAGCUCAGAAAGUCACUCCUAAAGGUCAAGUCCCCUUCGGGCAGCAUUCUAUAGGACACAAAGGGUUGUCGUUGAAAUGAAAAAUGGAUCGUUGCUCUUAGCAGUAGGCAGCUGUGUCUUUUUGGAACUCAGUCUCAGAUUCUAAUUCAGGAAGUUGUUUUCAUGAUGAAGCAAAAUGAUGAAGGAAUCUCACAACAGCCCUAUGAGAAUUCUCUGGAGAAAAUUAAUGUAUGAAGAGUAUCUGCUCCAUGUCAGUUCUCAAUGUUUCAACUAGAGCUUAGAAGUAAUGUUAGCUGCAGAGCAUCAUGUCCCUUCACUAAUGAUGAACAAGCCGCUGGUUACUGCAGCCAGCCAGCUGGAGGGGUAGAGCUGGAUAAUAGCCUGAAAAAUGUGAUUUUCAAGAUACACGCAUAGUGUUUACCAGGAAGAACUGGUGGGUUAUAGGGUAACGUGCCCUUACUUUUGGACCAUGAUAGUUUGGAAAAUGACAUGGGAAGGAUACUUUUUGUCAGAUGGAAUUCUUAGAGGGUUGAAUAGUUAGGCAGCCCUCUUGCCUGCAAAAUAUCCUUCAGUCACCCCCACCUCACCUAAGCUUUAAUGGCAUCAUGCAAAUAAGAGGGUUUCUGUAAGCAUAGAGAAUGACAAAGUACACUUCCGUUUUAACUGUAACAUGCAGUCAGUUUGUAAACUUUUAUGUGCUUUCUUGCAAUUACAUUCUUGCAACUAUAGGCAAGUCAGUUAAUGUAUUAUUUUGUUGUUGAGAUAAAAAUAAAAUGAAGAAAUCGA